AUGCUGUCUCGCGCGGCAAGAUGCACCUCCAGGCGAGGACUGAUACCUAGACCACAUCCUCACACUCCCACGGCCACACAGCGCCGACCACGAAGUUGCCUAUCGCCGCCAUUCCUCCUCGACAAUGCCACCUCGAAGCGCCUGCCCCAAGCCGACAACUAUGCCGAAGCCGCUAUGCAGUCAAUCAGAGCCAUGCAGGCACAAGUGGGCGACCUGUGCUUCACUGCUGAUGGCAUUGCGAAGAAGGGCAUCUUGCUCCGGCAUCUGGUCAUGCCUGGGUACGAAGAGGAGGGCAAGCAAAUUGUUCGAUGGCUUGCGGAGAACGCCUCGAAAGACAUGUACAUCCACACUAUGAGGCAGUACUGCCCGCGAGCGCAUGUUGGAAAGGAACGGAGGACAACGGGAAGUGGACGCGCGAAAGACCUCGCUUCGAGAGCUGCAGGACCUGGUGGAGUGCCGGCUGGCGAGGAGGUCAAGAAAGAGUUGAGAUACCAAGAGCUCAACCGAGCAGUCAGCCUCGGUGAGGUCGACAGUGUGCGGAAAGCUGGUGAGAAUGCAGGUCUUUGGCGAUUCGUCGAGGCUGCAGAGCAUGGCGGUUUCAACAUAUGA